AUGGGUAUAGUCGAAGAAGCACACAACGUGAAGAUCCUAGGAUCAGGUGAGCAAACCGUAGUGUUAGCCCAUGGGUUCGGAACAGACCAGUCGGUGUGGAAACACUUGGUUCCUCACUUGGUUGACGAUUAUAAGAUCAUAUUGUUUGACAAUAUGGGUGCUGGAACAACUAAUCCUGACUACUUUGACUUCGAGAGAUAUUCUAGUCUAGAAGGCUAUGCUUAUGAUGUGAUUGCGAUUUUAGAGGACCUCAAAAUUCCUGGUUGCAUUUACGUCGGUCACUCUGUUUCUGCCAUGAUUGGCGUCACUGCUUCAAUCGCUCGUCCUGAUCUUUUCACCAAACUUGUCACUGUCUCUGCCUCUCCAAG